UCCACACGACUACAUCACGUGGUCUCACCACGAGGAAGAACACCUUCCAUGGAGACCAAGGACGCCUGACUGGGACUAAAGUGGGAAUAUUUACUUUUAUUUACUUGUAUUUCUCCUUUUAGUCUCAACUACCAACCACUGUAAAUAUUAUGGAGGCAAUAUAGAAGGCCGAGGGCAAGAUGUGGCGACGAGGUGGCCGAAGCGAGGCUCUGGAGCGGGCUCAGGCACUUCUGUGGGCCAAGAGCAGCCGAGCAGCGGACGUGAAAAGCCGCCACGCUGCACCUGCUGCCCAUCAGGCCGUGUCAGACUUGAGCGAUGUGUCCCAGGUGAGUUCCCCUUCGGAAGUCUGCGGAGCUGCUGGGCCUGAAGUGACCCAGGAAGCAGAGGCUUCCCGACCUCAGAGCCCUUUGGGAGGAGGCAGCAGGUUCUUGAAGAGGCCGCCUCCUCCCCUCAGCAGCCAAUCACCUGUGAGGCAGCAGUCACAUGACAGGUUGUUGUCCUCCAAGUCACAGACGUCCGCUUUAAGGAAGCUCGCUCAGAUCGAGAGGCAGUUCUACAGCCGUCACCAACAGCCAGAACAUCUGGACCAGACCCAUAGUGCAAGUUCUGAUGAGGACCUUUCCUCGCCCUCCGAAGGCCAAGAGGUGGCUCCUGUGUCCUGGUCAUCGCCCAGCAGUCAAGGCGAAGUGCAGUUCCUCAAGAAAAGACCAAUUGGAUCUCCAGAGGAGCCGCAUGAAGGUGGUGGAUCCACACCCGCAGAGAUCUCGCCUCAGACUGAGAAAAGUGAUGAGGAUGUGAAGAACCACGCGGAGGACUGUCCACCAGAAGAGAAGUGGAUCAGCUCUUCCUUCAGGAGCAGAGCAGGCCUGACGCUGACCAGAGGAGACCUGGGGUCUGUCUCCCCAUCUCCUCCCCACUCUGAAGGCAGUCCAUCAUCCAGCUCUCCUCCUCCUCUGAGAAGACUGACAUCGGAGGUCCGUCUCCUCCCCUCCCCAAGUCCAAGACGCUCUGACUCCUCCAGGUCAGCUCCGGAGGAGAUCCUCUCCCUGGAAGAACUCUUUCCUGUUGGAUCCAAGGCGGACGUCCCCGCCAGUGAGGCCAGCGCGGUCUCGUCCCAAUCCGACUUUGAGAUCAACGUGAUGACCUUAGAUGAUCUGGAGCCCGCCACUGAAGGGACAGCAGGAGUCCAGGCGGAGGGCGAGCAUGCGGGCCCGCUCCCUACUUCGCCGAGCGGCCAGCGAGCGGCGGACUACGAAAGCGACUUUGAGAGCGCCAGCAGGAAGGAGGUGGGCGACGACGUCAUCAGUAGCCAGGUGUCAGAGCACCUGUCAAUAGGCGAGGAGGUGGAGGACUGUUUAGACGCGUCCUGGGUGGGGACGGAAGACUUUUCCAGCACCUUUUCAGACUCCAGAAAGUCCCGCGCCUUGCGGACGUCAGGUACCAGUCGAAGGUCCCCCAGCAGUGGGUCUAGGUCCUCGUCGUCGCCUAGCAACCACUUCAAAGAUGUGGCGGCACAGACGGACGCACACACUCUGUGGUUCCCAGGACCUGCAGUGGGCAUGGCUUACUCCUCCCCCUCCUUGGCUCCUCCAGAAGGUCUCGGAGGCCCCCGGCUCGACAUGUUGACGCUCAACAACAUGCUGAGACAGCAGCUCGCCAUGACACAACGCUUCAUCGAAAGCAGCCGGCAUCAGCAUGCCAGCUUGCUGCAGAGCCUGGGACCGCCCAGCUACAGAUACGCCACUAUGGAGGACACCGUGCAGUACAUCCGUGACCACACACAGCCCAAGUGACAGUGGAAGUCCCUCAGGGGACGUUUGACACGUCUUCUAGGAUGUAAAAUCACGUCAUGGACGGGACAGAACCGAAGGACACGUCUGACGGAGCUCCCAUUCAUUUCAUACAGAACUUGUGUCAAAUUGUAUUUAGUUUUUUAUUACAAAUUGUGAUCAGCAUCACAGUAUUAAAUCCACAUCUAUUUUUGACCAGUUGCCUUAAAGGGGAACUCCACUUUUUUGGAAUUUUGUCAAUCAUUCACAAUACUUACAUAAGGCAGUAACUUUUUUUAAAUAAAUGAUAAAUGGGUUGUACUUGUAUAGCGCUUUUCUACCUUCAAGGUACUCAAAGCGCUUUGACACUACUUCCACAUUUACCCAUUCACACACACAUUCACACACUGAUGGAGGGAGCUGCCAUGCAAGGCGCCAACCAGCACCCAUCAGGAGCAAGGGUGAAGUGUCUUGCUCAGGACACAACGGACGUGACGAGGUUGGUUCUAGGUGGGAUUUGAACCAGUGACCCUCGGGUUGCGCACGGUCACUCUCCCCACUGCGCCACGCAGUGGGAGAGUGGCACGCAGUGGGAUUCUAAAGACAAAAACAAUGCUUGGGAGUCACCAUUGUAGCCUUCAAACCCCACCAUCAAUCUUUGUAUAUUUGCAGGUACAUACAGUACAAGACAAAAGUUUGGACAAACCUUCUCAUUUCAAUGAGUUUUCUUUAUUUUUAUGAUUAUUUACAUAGUAGAUUGUCACAUCAAAACUAUGACACCUGUGAAGUGAAAAGCAUUUCAGGGGACUACCUCUUGAAGCUCAUAGAGAGAAUGCCAAGAGUGUGCAAAGCAGUAAUAAGAGCAAAGGGUAGCUAUUUUGAAGAAAGUAGAAUAUAAAACAUCUUUUUUGUUAAGUACAUAACUCCACAUGUGUUCAUUCAUAGUUUUGAUGUGACUAUCUACAAUGUAAAUAGUCAAGGAAAUAUAGAUUGAAUGAGGAGGUGUGUCCAAACUUUUGUCCUGUACUGUAUAUAAUUUAGUCCAUCCAUCCAUUUUCUACCGCUUAUUCCCUUUUGGGGUUGCGGGGGGCGCUGGCGCCUAUCUCAGCUACAAUCAGGCGGAAGGCGGGUACACCCUGGACAAGUAACAGACAAUUUCAUAACAAUAUGUUAUAUGUGCAAUAUUGACCUUAUUUUGGUCAUUUAAAACAUUACUGGAAGUUACAGUAUUUCCUCUGCGCAUUCAUUUCCGUACCCACAGCAACAAACCUCCGACUUCCGGAAACAAUCGCGUAUUUAUUCUAAUGGUGGCAGACUUCGAAAUAGACGAUGCGGACGGCCAUUUUUGGACAAAUCAGGAAUAACAAACCUUGUCUUUUUUAAGCUGAAUAUGCGGGGAACAAACUACUGGGUAAAGAGGCUUAUCAAACACGAGGGAAGGGUGAAACGGUGAAUCAAGACGGAAGCCGAGAGAGUGGAGACCAGCGUGACUUGAAACUGCAAAUGUGGAAAUUGGAGCUGAGCUAUGCCGACAUAAAUGGUGUGCUUACCCAAAAUAAACUGGAAAAAACAGGCAACUAUCAAUUGAGUGAGUCAUGAGAAUAUUGAUCAUGAUACACACAGCUUGUUGGUACAAGUGUCAAACUUCUACAAAUGAAACGUGGGCUAUAACUUACUGUAUACUGUAAUAUAAUUGUUCAUGUUUUUCAGUCAGUACAUGUGUGUCCCAUCGCAUUGUUUUGUGCAUUAAAAACUCUAAAUCUCUUCAUCUGUUGACACAGAAGCUAGCUUAUGGCUUAUACCAAGGGGCGGCAUAGCUCGGUUGGUAGCGUGGCCAUGUCAGCAACUUGAGGACUGCAGGUUCGAUUACCGCUUCCACCAUCCUAGUCACUGCCGUUGUGUCCUUGGGCAAGACACUUUACACAACUGCUCCCAGUGCCACCCACACUGCUUUAAUGUAAUUUAGAUAUUGGGUUUCACUAUGUAAAGCGCUUUGAGUCACUAGAGAAAAGCGCUAUAUAAAUAUACUUCACAAUCGCCAGGCGAUGUGAUACUACGCUAAAUAAACAGGUCCUCAGUGUUCGCUCUUACAAUAACUUGUUAUUAACAGCUUGCCAAACAAAAACAUUAACAUCUAUAUUACAGUAUGCAGUAAGUAAUAGCCCACGUGUUGUCAUAUUUUUUGGCUGCAUUGUGAAAAUUGGUUUAGCUUCAUUACUAGCCACCUAGAACGAGAUGAACAUUACAAAUUAGAAUCUAUUUAAAAAAACAUGUUCUUGUCUCUCAUAAAGGAUUGUGAACUAAUGGCAAAAUUCCUAAAAAAAAAAAAAAAAAGUGCUGUUCCCCUUUAAGUAAGAUGUAAAAAGGAAG